UGCUUAGAGCCUAUGUUAUGGAUUGGAAAGGUGAAUGGGAUAAGGAUAUUUCACUCGUUGAGUUCACAUAUAAUAAUAGUCAUCAUUCAAGUAUUCAGAUGGCUCCUUAUGAAGCUCUAUAUGGGCGAAAGUGCGUAACACCUGUAUGUUGGGAGGAAGUUGGAGACAGAAAGCUAUUAGCACCGGACAAGGUACAAGAAACUACCGAGAAAAUUCAAGUAAUAAGGAAAAGGUUAAAAACUGCUCAGAGUCGUCAAAAGAGUUAUGCUGACAAUAGAAGACGAGAUAUUGAGUUUGAAAUCGGAGAUUUUGUAUUCUUAAAAGUCUCCCAUUCCAAAGGCAUUAUGAGGUUUGGGAAGAAAGGAAAAUUAAGCCCAAGAUUUGUUGGACCUUUCGAGGUUCUUGAGAGGGUUGGUUCUGUCGCUUACAGGAUCGCCUUGCCACCAGCAUUGAGCCAUGUCCAUGAUAUAUUUCAUGUCUCGAUGAUUAGAAAGUAUAUGUAUGACCCUUCUCACAUCAUUAAGUAUGAGCUGGUGGAAUUCGAUAAAGAUUUAUCCUAUGUGGAAGAGCCUAUUCAGAUUAUUGAUAAGAAAGAAAAAGUCCUAAGGAAUCGGGUCAUCCCACUGGUUCAAGUAAAUUGGAGACAUCAUUCUGGAGAAGAGACAACUUGGGAGCUAGAAGAGGAAAUGAAAAAGGUGUAUCCUCGUCUUUUCAUCGAAUAGAGGUACGAUAAAUUUAGAGGACUAAAUUUUUCUUUUAAGGGGGGGAGAGUGUAACACCCCUCAUUUCCGAACGUUCGUAUAAAUUUUUGGUGAUAAUGUAAGCAUCUAUUUUAAUUGACAAAAGAAAUAGAGUAUGAAUUAGAGGUAACCUAUUUGUAAGAUUUGGGAGAUCUGUUCAAAAAAAAAAAAAAAAAAAAAAAAAAAAAAGAAUCUGAGGACCUAUAUGUAAACCCUAAGGACCUAAUCGUGAAUAUGAUAAAAACGAGGACUAAACUGCAAAAUGCACCAAAUGACAAAUUCCACCGCUUAAGCCUCUCUGCCUUCGUUGUUAAGGAAGCAGAGGAGGCAGCUCGUGGGUGAUCAGGGAAAGAAAAGAAGAAGAAGAAGAAGAAGAAGAAGAAGGAGAAGAGAAAGAAAAUUUGGGGCUUUUAGGGUUUUUGCUUUAAUCUUGUUACUUCGGGUCAAAAAUUUGCAAAGGCAACAAGGAUGACGAGAUCAUCUGGUUCUCCUGUUGCAUCUACUACUGAUCAAUUGAGUGGUAUUAUGCGGACUUUGGAGACUAUGGCACAAGUGAUGCAACAACAACAACCUGUCCAACAAGGAAGUAAUGAUGGAAUAGAGACAUCAAACCGGACGGGGUUGGGAAUUGGACAGUUUAAGAAGCUUAGUCCUCCCAGUUUCAGUGGUGAAUCUGAUCCAAUGGUGGCGGAACGAUGGAUGAUGCAGAUAGAGAAAAUAUUUGAUGCCUUAAGUUACUCUGAUGAACGAAAGGUUUUUCUUGCCACCUUUAUGCUGGAAGGAGAAGCUGAACACUGGUGGAGAAUGAUUAAGAGGAUGUCUGAAAUGAAAAAUGAGCCAAUGACAUGGAAGUUAUUCCAAGAAAAGUUCAACGAUAAAUAUUUUCCAGAAUGUAUGAGAGAGCAAAAAGAAUUGGAGUUCUUGAAUCUUAUCCAGGGAAGUAUGACGGUUACAAAGUAUGAAUCUAAAUUCACUGAGCUCUCCAGGUUUGCCAUACAUAUGACUGAUGAUGAAUCUAGAAAAGCAAGAAGAUUUGAAAGGGGAUUACGGCCCGCAAUAAGAAGCCGAAUGUCAGCUUUAAAACUACAAACAUAUGCAGAUACGGUAGAAAGAGCUUUGAAAAUUGAACGAGACAUGGAGGAAAUUCAAGAAAUCAUUGGCAAGAACAAAAAGGACAAAUUUACUAGCAAAAGCAUGAGAGAAAACGAAUAUGAAGCUAGUAACAAGAGGGCUAAGACAUCUGGAUUUGAGAAAUGGAAACCAGUGCGGAGGACUCAGUCAUGUGCAAAAUGUGGAUCAAAUCAUGAGACGAGUCGGUGUUUUCGGGUGACUGGAGCCUGUUUUGCUUGUGGAAAGUUAGAUCAUCAAAUAAGGGAUUGCCCUCUGAGGAAGGAGAAAGAGCCACUGCCUCCUAGACCCUCAGCCCAUGCUAGAGUGUACGCUAUCACGGAACAAGAUUCUAAAGCUUCUAAAUCUGUGGUGGAAGGUAUUCUUCAUGUUUCUAAAAGAAAUGCAAAAGUUUUGUUUGAUCCCGGCUCCAACUUAUCGUUUGUUUCAAAGUACUUUGCUUGUCACUUGGAUAUUCUACCUAAACCCCUGGAUUAUAUGUUAUAUGUAACAACUGCUGUUGGAGAUUCAUUGGCAACAAACUUGGUCUACCCAUCUUGUUUGAUCUCUAUUGGAGACCACGAAUUCCUUGCUGAUUUGAUUCUCUUAGAGAUCCAGGGCUUUGAUAUUAUACUUGGCAUGGAUUGGUUAUCUUCUCAUCACGCUAGUAUUGAUUGUUACAAAAAAUAAUUACUUUCUGUAUACCAGAUCAGCCUAUAUUUUUCUUUGAGGGCAUUAAGCAUGAUUUGCCUCCUUGCUUAAUAUCCGCACUUCAAGCUUAUCAUCUUAUGCAGAAAGGUUGUUUUUAUUAUAUGGUGUGUGUAAAGGAGCAUUCAAAUCAGGAAACCCACCUAGAUGAAAUUUCAGUGGUCAAAGAAUUCUCUGAUGUAUUUCCAGAUGACUUGCCUGGUUUACCUCUAGAUAGAGAGGGUGAAUUUGCUAUUGAUCUAGUCCCCAGUACAACCCCAAUAUCUAAGCCUCCCUACAGAAUGGCACCACUUGAGCUAGAAGAAUUAAAGAAGCAAAUACAAGAAUUAUUAGAUAAGGGUUUCAUACGACCCAGUGUAUCCCCAUGGGGUGCUCCGGUACUAUUAGUGAAGAAGAAGGAUGGAACAUUGAGGCUUUGUAUUGAUUAUAGACAGUUGAAUCAGGUGACCAUCAAAAACAAGUAUCCCAUACCUAGAAUUGAUGAUUUGUUUGAUCAACUGCAGGGUGCACAAGUAUUCUCUAAGAUUGACCUGAGGUCAGGUUACUAUCAGUUGAAGAUCAAGGAGGAGGAUAUUUCAAAAACAGCUUUCAGAACUCGAUAUGGUCAUUAUGAAUUCUUGGUGAUGCCAUUUGGUUUGACUAAUGCCCCUGCAGCUUUUAUGGAACUAAUGAAUAGGAUAUUUCAACCGCUCUUGGAUAUCUGUGUAAUUGUAUUUAUUGAUGACAUAUUGGUGUAUUCAAAGAGUAAUCAGGAGCAUGAGGAACACUUGA